AUGUCAAAACAAAAUAAAUUAACAAAAGUUUUGGAUAACGACCUUGAUGAUAUAGAUAUAGAAGAAGAUGACUCAACCAAUCGUAAAUUUGAAUCUAUGAGUGAAGAUGAAGAAACUCCAGGUAUGUGCUGUGAAUGUACAGAUCAACCAGCUGAAGUUGUAUGUUUGCAAUGUCAAGAUGAACUUUGUACAGUUUGUUCAACUUCACUCCAUAGAAGAGGUUCACGUAGGUCACAUAUUUUUAAAAAUAAACAUGGUCAAGAACUUGAUUAUGAUGAAUUAAAUAAACGUGAUCGUCAACCUCCAUUACAUGGCAAAGAAGAUGAAAAAGUUCAAAACAACAACAACAACAAUAAUAAUACCAACAACACUAACAACAUUGAAAUGGAUGAUAAUAAAAGUAUUAAUAACAACAACAACAACAUUAACAGUAUAAAUAGUAUGUAUAGAGGCACUAGUAAUUUACUCAAUCCAUUACCUUUUCAUCAUACUAAUCAACAACGUAAUGGUGGGGGUUCUAAUAAUCAUCAAAUCAAUAAUCACCAUAAAGAUGAAGAUGAAGAGAUUGAUGAGGACGAGGAGAAAUUCAUUCACAAGAAUGAAAAUUUUACAGAUUUUAUUCCAAGACUUUCAAAGGAUUGGUUCACAGAAAGAUCUAAAUAUAUUCCAAUUCGUUUAAAUAUUCGUGAGAGAAAUGAUCUUCGUCUUUUAGAGGCAGCACUUCACGUUUCAGAAUAUACAGAUAAAAUCGAUAUCAUUCAUGUUGGUGGUUCAAAAUCAAAAAGAAUAAAUGAUCAAUUAAGAGGUAUGUGUGCAAUUUUAUCAGGUUUAUUGGUUGCAAGUGAUUUUAAAAAAGGUCAACAAUUAGUUGAAAAUAAAGAUUUCUUUGAAAAUGAAGAAUUCUUUCAAAAUGUUUUUGAAAUUGGUAGAAGACACAAGAUUAUGAAUCCAGCAAAGAUGAGAACUGAAUAUGGUAAAAUGAUUCAUUUAUUACAAGAUGCAGCAGAUGAAGAUGUAAAGAAAAAUCUUAGUGGACUUAAUAUGAUUAAACCAUUGAAAACCGUUUUCUUGUUUUUGGAUGAACGUAACGGACUCAAAUUGUUAGAGGAUCCAUUGUUAGAAUUGGCAACUCGUGAGGUUUUAGCAGAGAAUAAAACCAGACCUCAAAUUCAACGUGAAAUUCGUGAAAAGGAACAUGCAAUCAAAACAUUAUCACGUCGUUACUCAUCAUCAAUGUUGAAAUCAGAGGAGAUUGAGGUUUGUAUUUACUCCAUCUGUGAUAAUCAUACAUUCCUUAGGGAGAAUCGUGAUCCAGUCAAGAAAAUGAAACAUCUCCUCAAGGAAUACUUUAGUCCAAAUCAAUCAGAGAGAGGUUUUUCAUUGGCUUUGGAACAUGGCAUUGGUGGUGCACGUCUUUCUCACAAUCAUCGUAAACAAUAUAACUAUGUAUAUCAAUCACUCUCCUUGUGGCAACAUAUUCUUCAUGAUAUGUUUAAACUUUGGUACUUUGCAGAAAUUGAUCUUUUAUGCGGACACAGAUAUCAAUUAUCAAACACUGGUCAAGGUCUAAAUCGUAUUCAACAAUGUCCAAACGUUGGUAAAAUUAUGCAUAGUAUUCUACGUCAAACUCAAAAAAAAGUUGGUGAUGAUUGGGUUGGUUCUUCCGUUAUUCAUUUGGGUGAUCAUAACGUUCCAAACUCUUUGGUUUUCAUCGAUAAAUACACUCAAAUCUCUAGAAUCCUAAGUCCAAUCGUUUUAACCAUUGAAUAUAUUCCAAAGAUCACCGAUCCAAAUUUAGUUGCUUACAUCAAAAACACCUUUGGUGGUCCACAAACUUUAACCAAAAUCAUCCUUUGUGAUUUCUUUAAACACGCUUUCGAUGGUAGUGGUGCCGAUAACUUUUUCGAUGCUGGCUCUUGUAUUGAUGGUAGAUUAACUUCUGCUUGGCAAUGGUCUGCUCAAAUCGCAAAGAAACCUUAUUAUCCAAUAUUUUUAUUAUCAGGUUUUAGUGGUUUUGAUGGUUCUUUUAAUUAA